CCGCAGUCAGCGGACCGCGAGUGCUGGAGUGGGUGGGGACAGCGGACAGCGGACCAGGGCACACACAGCACGCCGGCGCGUCGCCAGGGCAGCGGCAGCAACAGAGUCGCGGCGCGGCGCCCCAUGCCGCAGCAGCAGCAGCAGCAGCCGCAGCCGCCAUGAACUCGAACGCGAUCCGCGGCAUCCGCCGCAAGAAGUCGUCGCUGUGCGAGGUUAAGAUCGCCGUGCUGGGGGCGGCAGCCGUCGGCAAGAGCGCACUGUCUGUACGCUUCAUCACCAGACGUUACAUAGGAGAAUAUGACCACCAAACAGAAAAUAGAUACAAACAUGAGGCAAUGGUUGAUGGAGAACCAGUGCUGUUUGAAAUCCUAGACAUGUGUUCAAAGAAUGAAGAUGACCUUCCCAGCAGUGAAUCGUUACAGUGGGCAGAUGGGUACCUAUUGGUUUACUCUAUCACUGACAGACAUUCAUUCAACUUUGUGCGGAAGGUUAGACAGCAACUGCCUGGUGAUGCACCUAUGGCUCUUGUUGGAAACAAAGCAGACAUGGUACAUCUGCGCCAAGUUAGCACAGAUGAAGGUGAAAUCCUGGCAAAGGACUUUGAAUGCUGGUUUGGUGAAGUGACAGCAGCAGAGCAAGUAACCCAAGUAGCAGAUGCAUUCCAUGAGGUGUGUCGUGAAGUCCUUGGUCUGCGACGGCGCAGUAAGCAGUCACUACUGGACAGAGUCCUUGGUGGAAAAAGUACAGGUCUUGGACUACGUGCUUAUUCUCGGGGAAAAAGUGACAGUGCUCUUCCCAAGGACUGAACUGUCGUGUUGUUUCCAUGAGAAGUACUGUACCAACUGCACUUCUUAACCUAAAAAUGGAAAGUACAAUAUACUGCUGAGUGGUAGGCAGAAACUUCAGCAAAGUUUCUGAUAUGAUGAGUCACAGUAGGUUCUGUGGUGAGCUGUACUGUGGAACCUUUUAAAAUACUCCUGUUGUUACUGAACAGAAAUAAAGACAUUAAGUACAUUAAAAUCACAACAAUGCCUAGGUGAUACAGUUAUGUACGAGAAAUAAUUAUUCUUGAGUAAUAAAUGUACAAACCAGCAAUAAAAGUGAACUUUUUUCUUCCAGCCUGGUGUACAGCAACAUUAAAUGCACAAAAGAAGCUUGUAAUUUGCAUAUAAAUAUUUUGUGGGAUCACCCUGAAAUCACUACUAUUAACAAUCUGGUAACAGUUGCACAAACUUAAAAUAUUUAAUGUCUUAAACCCAUUUUUUCUUUUAGAAAAACCUACUUUUUCUUUUAGAAACCUCUAAACAGUGAAAUGUUUACUAUUAUGCAUGUCAUCUAAGUUAAGGCAGAAAAGUCUAUAGUAGCUGACAAUGGGUGGGUGUGCCUUAUUUUUAUGUUGGUGCAAAUCUGUGGAUACAAAUAUCAGCUACUUUGAGAAAUUUGUGUGUACUACAAUAAACAACUAAAACAAUUUGCAACAGGCUUCAGCAUUUGGGCUGUGAUCAAUCACUAUUUAAUGAAUGUAACAGAAGACAUGUUAGCCUACAUAUUGAACUGAAUUACAAGUGCCUAUUCAGUCACAGAAUGAAAACAAGAUACACUACUGAGAUAAGGAUUGCAAAAUUUGGUGAUGUGCCACUGAUGCCUUACAAUAGAAAGAUUCACAACAAUACAAAUGAAAUGGUAUAAUUAACAUGUCUUCAGAGUAGUCUUUUAAGUAGUACAUUUACACAUGAAACCAAACAUACGACAUGCAUUCAACAAAGACUGAGACAGAUUCUGAAAAGAACUUUAUUACCAAAUACUCACUCAAACUCAAUAUUUUCCCCUUCAAUAUAGCCACCAUUAAGAGUGUUGCACUUGUCCCAUCGUCUCAUUCACUUUUGGAAAACAUCCUCCAAUCCAUUUCUUGAUGACCACUUCAAAAUCGCCUCUAAAGCCUUCAAUACAUGAUUUUCAGAUCUAAAUCAACAUCCUUUGAGAUCCUUUUUCACAGCAAGAUACAACAAAAUGUCACUUGCGACAACCUCAGGGCUACACAGGGGUGUGGGACUGCACAAAUGCCCAUUCUGGCUAAAAACAUCAUAACAGCUGCUGCAACAUGAAGCCACUCAUUGUAAUGGUGCAGUUUUCACUUCCCAUGAAGUUC